AUGCCAGUGACAAGGAGCAACAAGGGCUCAGAGAGGAGGGAGUCGACACCCGUCGGCACCGCCGAAGCAUCGGCGCCAGUAGUUCCUGCGACCUCGGAGCAUCGAGUUCAAGAAACGGCCGCUACAAGAGCGGAGAGACCCGCUUCGAGAUUACGAGUCGCCCCGGAACGUGACGAACCAACAGAGACGUCAACAGAGCCGACAACUGAAGCGACGACCACAAGCUACGAGACAACAGUCACCGAGACAACGAAAAGGCCGGAUGACGACUCACGGGCCAAAACCAGGACGGCCAAUCGAAGUCGGGCAGCCUCCGUGAAAAGCGACCUAGCUCGAAGACGUAAAGAACUCGAGAUGCGAGCCGAGCUUGCGGAGCAGGAGCUCCGUGAAGCUCAAGCUAGGACCGCUGCGACCAGAGCCAGGCUGGAGUUACUACAGCUGGCCGAGGAGGAUGAAUCGGACGCUGAAGACCCGAGGAAUAAAGAGGCGGACGUUCGUCAAUGGCUGGAGGAGACCGCCGAUACCGUGCCCCCGAAGGAGCACGAUGCCCACGCGUUCCCGAAGGAACUUAUGGAGACUCCCGAAAAAGAGUGCAUCCAAACGCAGGCGUCGGCAGCGGUCAAGCCAGACCAACAACCCGCCGGAACUAAAGACCUGGCGGAAGCGAUUAUACGAGCAAUACAAUCCGUACCGAAAGGAGGGGCUUCGGUGCCAUCUUAUGUAACGGAGUUACCCUUCUUCGACGGGGCCAUCGGCGAAUGGCUCGCCUUCCGGACGGUGUACGAAGACACCGAGAAGCUAUUCACGGCCCCACAGAACAUGGCGCGAUUGAGGCGCGCUAUCAAGGGAGCGGCAAGAGAGGCGGUGAAGAGCCUCCUGUACUCUGAGUGUCGCCCAGAGGACAUAAUGGACGCCUUGAAGCGUCGUUUCGGACGACCGGACACCCUAGUGCUCGCUGAAAUGGAGAAACUGAAACGAUUAGCGAAGAUCAGCGAGAGCGCGCACGACGUAUGUUCGUUCGCUAGCCAAGUGAACAACGUCGUCGCCACAGUGAAGGGGUUGAGGAAGCCUCAGUACCUACAGUCUCCAGAGAUCAUGAGAAUUAUAGUAGAGAAAUUACCUGCAGUACUGAAGUACCGAUGGUUCGAUUACGCCGCCAAUUAUGAAGAGUGCAACAUAGCGACAAUGGCGGCAUUCCUGAAUAGAGAAGCGGAUCGGUGCGGGCCAUACGCGCUCACAGAAACGGCCCUGAGAAGACAGGGCGCGUACCGACCACAGGCCGCGCAUACGGCAACGGACGUCGCCGAAGAAAGAAAACCCGCGUGUCCACAUUGCCGAGGCGAGCAUGCAUUGACGGGGUGUAAAAGAUUCCUGCAAGCAUCAGUGAAAGAACGAUGGGAGAUAGCCACCCGAAGCAGAGUGUGUUUCAAGUGCCUCGGGGGCAAGCACCGCAAGGAGAACUGCAAGAAGCCGGCGUGCAAAGAGUGUAAAAGGAUGCACCAUAACUUACUUCACGCACGCAAGGAGGAAGAAGCAACGGAGGAGGCAGAGAUCUCCAACAACGUCAGAUUACCGGUGAACACCUUAUCGACCACCAGGGCGUACUUGAAGAUCGUCCCGGUGAAGGUGUUCGGCCCCGAAGGGUCAUUAGACAUACUGGCGUUGUUGGACGAAGGAUCGACUGUGACCUUGCUAGACGCCUCCGUUGCGGAUAAGCUCGGCCUCGCGGGACCGAAGGUGCCCCUGCGAUUAGAAACAGUGGGAGGCGAGACGCUAGGCAGCGAGAGAUCAAUGAAGUUCGACAUGAGGAUCAAAGGAUUACAUCAUCCACGAACACAACGACUCGUGGGAGUUCGAACCAUCGAAGGUCUGAACCUGACGCCUCAAAUCUUAGACGAGGCCCGGCUGAGAGAGUGUUCCCAUCUCAGCCGGAUGAGCUUCGGCACCGAAGAAGAAGCCAUCAGAGUAGCCCAGGACGUGGACCACAUCCACAGGAGGGCAGGGUUCGAGCUCCGGGGCUGGGCAUCGAAUAGGCCUGCGGUGUCGAGCGCUCUAUCAGGGGAGGUAGUCGGGGAGGAGGUGGAGCUGGGGUCCAAGGAGGAAAAGACCCUGGGGCUGCGUUGGUUUACAACCGAGGACACAAUGGGCUUCCGGACGGAGAUGAGAAACAUCGAAGAAGACGUCACGGGAGCCAGGAAGACGCCUACGAAGAGGCAAGUGACCAGCGCAGUCAUGUCCACCUUCGACCCCAUGGGCCUCGCUUCGCCAGUCCUGAUACAGGGAAAACGGCUACUCCAGAACUUGUGGCGGAGCGGGGUCGGGUGGGAUGAUCUUGUGACACCUGAAAGCGAAGAGUCGUGGAGGGAAUACCUCCUCCACGUACAGCUCCUAGAGAGCUUGAGGAUCCCGCGGUGCUUCGCAUCCGCAUCGGGAGAGGGCGAGUUGCAUACAUUUACGGACGCCAGCGAAGCGGCGUAUGCGUGCGCCGUGUAUUGGAGAGAAAAGAAGGACGGCGUGUGGACAACCCACCUGCUCGCCGGGAAGGCGCGCGUUACGCCGCUCAAACCGGUGUCCAUUCCGCGGUUAGAGCUUCAAGCCGCGCUGCUGGGGACAAGGCUGGCGCAGUCCGUCCUAGAAGAGUUAGACGUCGUACCGAAGAGGCGUACAUACUGGACGGACUCCAGCACCGUGCUAGCAUGGAUCCGGUCGGACCCUCGAACGUUUAAGCCAUUUGUGGCGCACAGGCUGGCCGAGAUCGAAGAUACGUCCCGACCGGACGAAUGGCGCUGGGUGCCCACCAGCCAGAACCCAGCAGACGACGCUACACGUAGAACCCCAAAGGAUUUCACCGCGAGACACCGGUGGUUUACGGGCCCCGAUUUCCUCGCGAAGGAGGAAGACAAGUGGCCAGAGCACCGAAGGUUCAAGACGUCCAUCACCGGGGAAGAGAAAGAAACGAAGCACCUCGUGGCCGUCGUUUCACCCAGCAGCCUUCCCACACCUGACCCUGUGAGAUUCUCCAGGUGGGUAAGGCUCCUACGGGCGACCGCGAGGGUGCUUCAAUUUGUGCAUCUGUGCCGCAAGGAAAAGGCUCUGAGCGCACGAUCCAGCGACCCGGUGUGGACGAGGAAACACUGA